CUUGCUCGCACCUUCCCUUCCAUGCUGUACGCCCGCCCCGCCAACAAACCCAUCCACGGAUAGUUUCGUUCACGUACACACACCGAUCGAAACUCCCCGUCUGUUUAUCGUGGCUUAGUGAGGGUGAGUGGAAGAAGAAGAAAAAAAAAACGAAAGAAAGCACCGAGCUGGCUGCAGCCGAACUCCGUCAUCAUCAUUCGGGGACGGCUGGAACACGGGAACUCUGUGGCCUUUACCGGGGAUUUUUUGCGCUGAAUCGUGUUAUCUUGGCCACCGUUCCUGCUUGAGACGCUGCUGUGGAGAGAGUGACGCUGCAAAACUUUUACCCAUUUUCCUCUGGCUCGAGUGUUCUCGCGUGGGGUUCAGUGGCCGACAGCAGCAAACCGCGGGCAAGGGGGUGUGUGGCAGGCUGUUCCCCAUACAUUUGGAACCCACGUAGGCCAACUAACAUACCUGUGUGUGUGUGCGUGCGUGUGUGGGAGGAGAAAGAAGCGAAAAGGAGCGAGGAGGCCCAGGAAGAAAGUGUCGCCUUUUUCUUCUUUUCUUUCGGCGUUGUGUGGUACGAUUAGGUAAAGCUGGUGAGGCAAUGCAAAGUAACGCUAGGUGACGGAAGCGGGCGGAUUGUGUGUGUGUGUGUGUGUGAGUGAGCUGGCACUGUAGCUCCCCACUCCAGCUGGCAAGGGAAGGAAAACAAUCCCAAAGCACUGCAACCGGACCGCGCGUCAUCCGCCUGGUCGUUCGCCACCGAAUAGUCGCGAAUCAAUCAACCGGCACGCACCUACACACAAACACACAUUGUGCCUCUGCAAGACGGGUCUCCCACGCACUCCCCAUAAACCCUCCGGUCCGCGAAACGGCACUGCACUGCAAUCAACCGAGCGACGGGAACCUUGCUGGGCCCUUCCGAGCGAGCAGUGUUCCGGCUCUUGUCACUAAACCAUCAGUCAACGAUUCUGCAUCUGUUUAGCGCCGUUUUACUAUAAAAAAAAAGAUACACAGACACGUCCACUUUACACACACACACUGCAAGAUGGCGCUGAAGAUGGUAAAGGGCAACCUGGAGCGGAUGUUUGACAAAAAUCUGACCGAUCUGGUGCGCGGCAUUCGGAACAACAAAGAUAACGAGGCCAAGUACAUCGCCCAGUGCAUCGAGGAGAUCAAGCAGGAGCUGCGGCAGGACAAUGUGAGCGUGAAGAGCAACGCGGUGGCGAAGCUGACCUACCUGCAGAUGUGCGGCUACGACAUCUCCUGGGCCGGCUUCAACAUCAUCGAGGUGAUGAGCUCGAACCGGUUCACCUGCAAGCGGAUCGGCUACCUGGCGGCGAGCCAGUGCUUCCAUCCGGACAGCGAGCUGCUGAUGCUGACCACGAACAUGAUCCGGAAGGAUCUCAGCUCGACCAACCAGUACGAUGCGGGCGUGGCCCUGUCCGGGCUGAGCUGCUUCAUCUCGACCGAUCUGUCGCGCGAUCUGGCCAACGACAUCAUGACGCUGAUGAGCUCCACCAAGCCGUACCUGCGCAUGAAGGCGGUGCUCAUGAUGUACAAAGUGUUCCUCCGGUAUCCGGAGGCGCUGCGGCCCGCCUUCCCGAAGCUGAAGGAAAAGCUCGAAGAUCCGGACCCGAGCGUACAGUCCGCCGCGGUCAACGUGAUCUGCGAGCUGGCGCGCAAGAACCCGAAAAACUACCUGUCGCUAGCACCGAUCUUCUUCAAGCUGAUGACCACGUCGACCAACAACUGGAUGCUGAUCAAAAUUAUCAAGCUGUUCGGUGCUUUAACUCCGCUAGAACCCCGAUUAGGCAAAAAGCUAAUUGAACCGUUGACCAAUUUAAUCCAUAGCACCUCGGCUAUGAGCCUGCUGUACGAAUGCAUCAAUACCGUGAUCGCGGUUCUGAUCAGUAUCAGCAGCGGCAUGCCCAACCAUAGCGCUUCCAUCCAGCUGUGCGUCCAGAAGCUGCGCAUCCUGAUCGAGGACUCGGAUCAAAACCUGAAGUAUCUCGGGCUGCUGGCAAUGUCCAAGAUCCUGAAGACGCACCCGAAGAGCGUGCAGACGCACAAGGAUCUGAUACUGGCGUGCCUGGACGACAAGGACGAGUCGAUCCGGUUGCGGGCGCUCGACCUGCUGUACGGCAUGGUGUCGAAGAAGAACCUGAUGGAGAUCGUGCGCCGCCUGCUCGGCCACAUGGAGCGGGCGGAGGGUUCGUCCUACCGGGACGAGCUGCUGUACAAGGUGAUCGAGAUCUGCUCCCAGGGCUCGUACCAGUACGUCACCAACUUCGAAUGGUACCUGACCGUGCUGGUCGAGCUGAUACUGCUCGAGUCGGGCUCGCGGCACGGUCGGCUGAUUGCGGGCCAGCUGCUGGACGUGGCGAUACGCGUCCAGGCGGUGCGCACGUUCGCGGUGAACGAGAUGGCGACGUUGCUCGAGACGUACCCGGUGACGGCGGCCCCGAACGGCACGAUGCAGGAGGUGCUGUACGCGGCCGCCUGGAUCGUCGGCGAGUUUGCGCCGCACCUGGACGGGCCGGAGCGGACGCUGGCGGUGCUGCUGCAGCCGAAACCGGUCGCCGGCCACAUCCAGGCGGUGUACGUGCAGAACGCACUGAAGCUGUUCGCCCACCUGGUGGGGGAGGCGGUCCGCCAGCGGGACGGGGCCGCCAUCGAGCGCCACUGCCAGACGCUGGCCGAGGGCCUGCGCAGCUACCUCAGCUCGGCCGACAUCGAGGUGCAGGAGCGGGCCAGCUCGGUCUAUUUUCUGGUCGUGCUGCUGCGCGAAUCGCUCGGUGGUGGUGCGGACCAGCAGCACGCUGCUGCGCCGGUCGCGGACGGUGGACUGCUCGAGCUGACGCCGGACGUGCCCGGCGAGCCAGGCGACGGCGGAGGAGAGGAAACUCGCGCCGCGCCGGACGAACCGGUCGCCACCGGCUCCGGGGGUCACUAUCCGGGGGCUGCGUGGGACGAGAUCGAGCAGAUUGCGACCGACCUGCAGGGGCUGUUCGCGAGCGAGCUGAACCCGGUCGCCCCGAAGGCGCAGCGGAAGGUGCAGCUGCCCGAGGAGCUGGACCUGGACGAGUGGAUCAACCAGCCGCCCCCGUCCGCCGACGCCAGCAGUGCGGACGGUGGCUCGAGCGAUGAGGACAAGUUCCCGCUCUUCCUGACCGACGGCGGCCGGGGUGGCGGGGGCGGUGAGCGUGAAACCAACGGCGGUGGCGAUGGUUCGCGCUCGUACAAGCGCAUCGAGUACACGCAGGAAGAGCUCGACAAGAUGAGACAGGCGCGACUGCUUGAGCAAACCAACAAUCCAAACUAUCUGAAACCGGCCAAAACAAAAAAGGCGUCUGGCGGCGACUACCACCACCAGCAGCAGCAGCAGCAGCAGCAUGAUUGCUACGACGACAUACCGAUCGCCGAAAUCGCACUCGAGGUGCCACUGCAGAUACAUUCCACAAAACGGUCGGACAAGUAUCUUAUGGAUGCCGAACGGGCAACGCGCGUGUUCGUCGGCAAGAGCGGAGGGCGCAAGGAAAAGGGAGAGAAAAGCGGCAAAAAGUCGAAACGACGUGGCAAAAAGAGCAAACGCUAUUCGGACGAGUCUGACUCGGAAAGCGACGAUCCCAAGCCGCUGCACGUGGUGAACACGGUGAUUGAGCUACCGGAGGGUGCAAUACUGUCCGACACGGAGGACAAAAACAAUGCCGACCCGAACGAUCCGCACCGGGCGCUCGAUAUCGAUCUCGAUGCCCCAUUUGAGGACGAUUACCCCCAGGAGAUGAAGCGAAAGGCGGCCAACCAGCGCAGCGUGAUGCUGCUGCGGGACGGGGACGGGCAGACCGCCAAAACCAACCGGAACCCGGCCGACGACCAUCGUCCCGGCGGCACCACCACCACCGACAGUAAGCACCGGUCGCGGCGUCGUGGUACCGCCGCUGCCACCGAGCGGUCCGGCUCGAAGCACGCGGAUCGAAAGCACACCGAUCGGUCCGACGAGCAGCAGCAGCAGCAGCAGGUGGAUGGCGGUGGAGCCGGCCGCGAGAAGCAAAAGAAAAAGAAAAAGAGCGCGGGAAAGGAGCGGCCGGACGAGGCGGACGCGAUCAUGCUGAUGAUCGACGAGGAAACGCCGGCCAAGGGACGGACGGCAAAGGAGAAGGAGAAGCGCAGCAAGCCGCCCAAGGACGGGGGAGCGGCGAACGAGGUGGUAGAGGACGGCGACGUAAAGGAGAAGAAGAAGAAGCACAGCAAAAAGUCUUCGAAGCACCAUCACCACCACCACCACAGCAGCAGCAGCAAAAAGUCGGGCUACGAGGAGAUGCCGGCGCAGUCGUUGGGUGGCGUUAGCAAGGAUGCGAUCUAAUGCCUUUGCCCUUUUUUUUUGUGUAUGCGUACCCGCGGCCCCCUCCUUCAUCUCCUACUCCUCUGCGGACACAGAUUGUGGCAAGAUGUUAGGAAGUAAGGAGGAUAGGAGAAAGAGAGAGAGAGAGAGAUAGUGAGAAAAAGGGCUAGAGAUUGAUGGUAAACAAAUCGUAGAAUGAAGCUGUAAUGUUACAACUUACUGUUAGGUCCCGCGUGUGUCCCAAUGAGAGUGUGUUUUUUAUCAUUUUCACACACACACACACAGACAAACACACACAUGCAUUAUCGCAUUAAGAUGUUGUAUAAAAUAAGCCGCUGAGUUCAGUAACGCGAAUCAAAAUUCCCCUGUUUUUUCGUUAGAACAACGCUUGAAAGCGAACAAAAAGAAUGGUGUCAAUGAUGAAAUACUCGCCCUCCCACCCCACACACGUGUUUUCAAAGGCUCAUCAAAAACAAAAAAAAAGAACAAACAAAAACACAAUUUAAAAAGUUGUAAACACUCUGUUAUGUGAGUCCAGUGGUGGUGGUGGCUUGCGGUUUGGUUUCUCUUCCCCACGCCACAAAGAACGAUCCAGCGUACGAUCCUGAUGCAGUUAGAACGCUUACGCUAGCGAGCGAGGGGCGGCAAGUGUGCGUCGGUUUCGUCUCGAUGUUGGCUCAUAAUUAAUACUGUAUUGCGAUAAAUUAAAUUUAUUAUUAUUAUUAUUAUUAUUAUCAUUAUUGCCAUUAUGAGAUCUGUAUUACUAAUUAAAAUGCAAAUGCAUCUUCCUUCCAUCUCUCGA